CUUUAUAUACUCAACAACAAAGCCAAUAUACAACAAUGCUCUUGUCAGCCGUCUCUCAUCACAAUGAAGACAGAAGCUUAUAAGUCGAUAUGUUGCUCCCUCUCUAGACUUUCUUCUCCAGACAAGCAUACAAACCACAACAACAUACUACUUAACAAGAGACUUUUGGAAAGAUGAACAACACCGAGCAGAACCAAGCGUCGGAGCAGGAAGGUAGGGAGAGCCAGGAGGCCGAAGCAGCUGCCGAGCUGCUCAGAGCAGUCGAAGAGGCCGGAAGCGACGAGGAGGAGGUCAAGGAGGAGGUGAAGGAGGAGGUCAAGGAGGAGGACCAGGAUGAGGAGGUGAAGGACCGCGUUUAUUGUUACUGCAAUGGGCCCGGAACUGGUCGCAUGGUGGCAUGCGAUGGUGCCCGCUGUGUGCGGGAAUGGUUCCACUUCCGGUGCGUUGGACUAAAGACCGCGCCUACCACCAAGAGGUGGUACUGCGACGACUGUCUGAUGCUCGGAUAGGUACAGGUAAGGGGCU